AUGCUCUGCCUGGCCCUCCUCACAGCUGCGGCCGCAGUCUCGGCUCGCGUGCUCGACAGCGUCCCGGCCGUCCCCCAGGGAUGGUCCAAGGCCUCGGCUGCCCUGCCCACCGACAAGCUCGCCCUCAAGAUCGGCCUCAAGCAGCAGCAUGCCGCCGCCCUCGAGCAGGCCGUCCUGGCCGUCUCCUCCCCGGGCAGCCCCAGCUACGGCAAGCACCUGACCCGCGAGGAGCUCCGUUCCUACGUGGCCCCCGCCGAGCAGUCCGUCGCCGACGUCACCGCCUGGCUCGCAAAGUAUGACAUCGUCCCCGCCGUCGACAACGACUGGAUCACCAUCUCCACCGACGUCAAGACCGCCAACGCCAUGCUGGACGCCGACUUCGGCUGGUACGAGUACGAGGAGGGCGGCGGCCUCAAGCUGCGCACCCUCAGCUACGGCGUCCCGGACGAGAUCGCCCAGCACGUCGACCUGAUCCAGCCAACGACGAGGUUCGGCCAGCUGGGCUCCAAGAGGUCGACCAUCUUCGACAUUGUGAUCGCCGAGGAGGACGACGACGUGGCCGCCCUCAACCAGAACGUCGCUGCGUCUCCCGCGGCCGCUGCUGCCCCUUGCACCACCACCGUCACUCCCCAGUGCCUCAAGGCCCAGUACAACAUCGGCUACACGCCCGACACCGAGGGGAACCUGAUCGCCUUCGCGUCGUACCUCGAGCAGUAUGCGCGGUAUGCCGACUUGGAGCAGUUCACGACCCAGGUGCUUCCCGAGGCUGCUGGCCAGAACUUCUCCGUCACGACCGUUAACGGUGGUCUCAAUGACCAGAACAGCUCUGAUGAUUCUGGCGAGGCAAACCUGGACCUGCACACCGGCGGACGUGGCCCUCUCAUCCCGACCCUGGACAACAAGUUCCCCAGCACCAACGAGCCCUACCUGGAUUUCCUCACCUUCCUGCUGGGCCAGGACGACGCCGAGCUGCCGCAGACGCUGACGACCUCGUACGGCGAGGAGGAGCAGUCCGUGCCGGAGGAGUACGCCCUCAAGGUGUGCAACCUGUUCAUGCAGCUCGGCGCGCGCGGCGUCUCCGUGCUCUUCAGCAGCGGCGACUCGGGCCCGGGCGGGUCAUGCAAGUCCAACGUCGACAACACCACGACCACCUUCCUGCCGACCUUCCCUGCGGGGUGCCCGUGGGUGACGGCCGUGGGCGCGACGACGGGGUCCGCCCCCGAGAUGGGAGUGUCCUUCUCGUCGGGCGGCUUCAGCAUCUACCACGCCCGGCCCGAGUGGCAGGCCGACGCCGUGCCCGCGUACCUGGGCUCCAUCGGCGGGACCUACGAGGGCCUGUUCAACGCAUCCGGCCGCGGCAUCCCGGACGUCGCCGCCCAGGGCCAGUCGUUCGUCAUCUACGACAAGGGCCGCCGCUCCCUGCUGUCCGGCACCUCGGCGUCCUCGCCGGCCUUUGCUGGUGUGAUUGCCCUGCUCAACGCCGCGCGCAAGUCCCAGGGCAGCGCGCCGCUCGGGUUCCUCAACCCCUGGCUGUACAACAACUCGGCCGCGCUCCUGGACAUCACGGCUGGCUUCUCGAGCGGCUGCCAGAAUGCCGGCGGUGGCCUGCCUGCGUCCGGGGCGAGGUGGAACAGCACGGCUGGCUGGGACCCCGUCACGGGUCUCGGGACGCCGCUGUUCGAUAAGCUGUUGGAGGCUGCUGCGCCUGGGGUUGCGAAUGAGUAG